GCAGCAGUAGGUUCCCUGGCCUUGUAGUGACGUCAGCGGCUAUUUUCCCCUGGUUCUAGCUCAGCCUUCAUUCUGUCAUUCCCACAAGGCAGCAGGAGCAGAGAGCAGCCAUUGCUGUGCCUGGCAGCAGAUUCUUCGUUCCAUGCCACACGUUCUGUAUUCCCACUAAUCACUGAGGAUGGACAAAGACAGUAAGAAGGAAAAGAUAAUAAAUAUCACCCUGGAGAUCAUCUACCUGCUGACUGGGGAGGGUUACACAGUAUUGAAGAAGACGUCCAGUGAGUGUGAGACAGCCAGCAGCUGUCCCUGUGGGUCAGGAGGACUGAGCAGGACCCAAAGAUUCAUCACGGUGCCUCCACCUCACUCAGUGAUACAUAAGAGGCACAAUGACCAGAAGAUCCUGGAACUCACCCACAAGAUCAUUCAGCUACUGACUGGAGAGGAGGAGGAGUAUAUAGAGGAACACAGGGGUCUGUACAAGGACGUCAUGAUGGAGAAUCACCGGCCCCUCACAUCACUGGAUGGGCCCAGUAACAGAGAUACCCCAGAGAGAUGUCCCCGUCCUCUGUAUUCCCAGGACUGUACAGAGGAGAAUCACAGGAUCCCAAAGGAGGAUCAGGUACCAAGUGAGGAUUUCAUUGAUAUUAAGUCAGAAGACAUAAAAGAACAAGAAGAGACGUAUGUGACUGAUAUAAAGGUAGAAGAUAUAGAGGGAGAAGAAGAAACGUAUGUGACUGAUAUAAAGGCAGAAGAUAUAAAGGGAGAAGAGACGUAUGUGACUGAUAUUAAGGCAGGAGAUAUAGAGGAAGAAGAAGAGACGUAUGUGACUGACAUGAAGGCAGAAGAUACAGAGGGAGAAGAAGAGACGUAUGUGAGGGGUGAUCAGCAGUGUAAGGAGGAGGAAAUCCCUACAGAUAUCAGCACAGCAGAUGGAGGCACAAGCAGGAAUACCCCAGAGGGAGAUCACAUAUUGUCUCCACAUUGUAAAAUAGAAGAUAACAUCACUCAGGAUUCUCCAGGAGACAAUCCCGUUACUCUAUAUAUACAUCCAGUACCUCACAGUGCAGAUAUAACAUCUGAUCCCUCUAAUCAUGAGGGAUGUUCUACUGAUAUCUCCAGUAAUACUGCACACAGUACAGCUCACAGAGGUGAUAAAAAAAUUAUCUGUUCUGAGUGUGGGAAAUGUUUUACAAGGAAAUCAUCUCUUAAUAUACAUCAGAGAAUUCACACAGGUGAGGCACCAUUUCCAUGUUCUGAGUGUGGGAAAUGUUUUACAAGGAAAGCAUAUCUUAUUAUACAUCAGAGAAGUCACACAGGUGAGACACCAUUUACAUGUCCUGAUUGUGGGAAAUGUUUUACAUGUAAAAUGUAUCUUGUUAUACAUCAGAGAGGUCACACAGGAGAGAAGCCAUUUCCAUGCUCCGAGUGUGGGAAAUGUUUUACACAGAAAUCAAAUCUUGUUACACAUCGGAGGAGUCACACAGUUGGGAGACCAUUUCCAUGCUCUGAGUGUGGGAAAUGUUUUACACAGAAAUCAGAUCUUGUUACACAUCAACGAAGUCACACAGUUGAGAGACCAUUUCCAUGCUCUGAGUGUGGGAAAUGUUUUACACAGAAAUCACGUCUUGUUACACAUCAGAGAAGUCACACAGGUGAGAGGCCAUUUCCAUGUCCUGAGUGUGGGAAAUGCUUUACAUGUAAAACGUAUCUUGUUUCACAUCAGAAAAGUCACACAGGAGAGAAGCCAUUUCCAUGUUCCGAGUGUGGGAAAUGUUUUACACAGAAAUCAAAUCUUCUUUCACAUCAGAGGAGUCACACAGUUGAGAGACCAUUUCCAUGCUCUGAGUGUGGGAAAUGUUUUACACGGAACUCACAUCUUCUUAGACAUCAGAGAAGUCACACAGUUGAGAGACAAUUUCCAUGCACUGAGUCUGGGUAAUGUUUUACAAACAGAGCCGCUCUUGUAGACUUUAAAAAAAAAAUAGGAUUUUAAUUACCUACCGGUAAAUCCUUUUCUCGUAGUCCGUAGAGGAUGCUGGGGUCCAUUUUAGUACCAUGGGGUAUAGACGGGUCCUUUGAGAGCCACUGGCACUUUAAGAGUUUAAUAGUGUGGGCUGGGUCCUCCCUCUAUGCCCCUCAUACCAGACUCAGUCUAGAAACUGUGCCCGAGGAGACGGACAUACUUCGAGAGAAGGAAAUACACAGAUAGUGGUGAGAUUCACACCAGCUCACACACAACAAAAGGAAAGCCAAGCUAACCAACUGGAAACGAUUCAGCAACGGCUGAACAACAAUACUUAACCAAGUAACAAUUGAGAAAAACUAAGCACUGGGCGGGUGCCCAGCACCCUCUAUGGACUACGAGAAAAGGAUUUACCGGUAGGUAAUUAAAAUACUAUUUUCUCUUACGUCCUAGAGGAUACUGAGGUCCAUUUUAGUACCAUGGGGAUGUACCAAAGCUCCCAAACCGGGAGCUUUGGUACAUCCCCAAUAGGCCCAAAGGAGGGACUAUAAUACCUGUACCUUUUAACCAUGUUGUUUUGUGUUUAGUGUGUCUAUAUAUCGCCUUUUAAUAUAGGAGUUUGUAUAUUCCAAUCUUAUAGUUGUAUUCAAUAAAAGUUACGUUUUAUCAUUUAUUUGAUCCGGUUUGGGUAUUAAUUGUGCACACUUUUUGAGUGCCCCACCAUAGGAGAGUCCUUUUGCCUUCCCUUGGAUAUUUAUUGUAGAUGUACCAAAGCUCCCAGUACGGGAGGGAGAGUGCGGAGGUUCCUGCAGAACAGAUAGACCAAACUUUAGGUCCUCAAGAGGCCAAAAGUAUCGAACUUGUAGAACUUAGCAAAUGAUUUCGAACCUGACCAAGUAGCUGCUCGUCAAAGCUGCAAAGCCGAGACACCCAGGAAGAACCCACUUUACGGGUAGAGUGGGCCUUGACAGAUUUUGGACACGGCCAGCCUGCUGGAGAAUAAACCAUGCUGGAUAGUAAACCUGAUCCAGCAAGAAAUCGUCUGCUUAGAAGCAGGACACCCAAUCUUGUUGGGAUCAUAAAGGACAAACAAAGCAUCCGACUUUCUGUGACGAGAAGUUCUCUUCACAUAAAUCUUCAAAGCCCUCACAACAUCCAAGGACUUUGAGGCGAUUGAGGAGUCGGUAGCCACUGGCACCACAAUAGGUUGGUUGAUAUGAAAAGCUGAUACAACCUUUGGAAGAAAUUGCUGACGCGUUCUGUGCUCAGCCCUAUCUUCAUGGAAAAUCAAGUAGGGGCUCUUGCAGGACAAUGCCCCCAAUUCUGACAAACACCUAGCAGAUGCCAACGCCAACAGUGUGACCGCCUUCCAAGUAAGAAACUUGACAUCAACCUCCUGUAAAGGCUCAAACCAAUCCAAUUGCAGGAACUGCAGCACCACAUUAAGAUCCCAAGGUGCCAUAGGAGGCACAAAAGGCGGUUGGAUGUGCAAAACCUCUUUCAAGAAAGUCUGAACCUCAGGGAGAGCAGACAGUUGUUUCUAGACGAAAAUGGACAAGGCCUAAAUCUGGACUUUUAUGGAGCCCAAGCGUAGGCCCACAUCCACACCUGCUUGCAGAAAAAGGAGAAACCGUCCUAGUUGAAACUCCACAGUAGGAAAUUUAUUGGAGUCACACCAAGACACUUACUUUUUCCAAAUCUGAUGAUAAUGUUUGGACGUAACUCCCUUCCUGGACUGUAUCAGGGUAGGAAUGACUUUUGUUGGAAUCCCCUUUCCGAGCUAAAAUGUGGCGUUCAACCUCCAUGCCGUCAAACGUAGCCGCUGUAAGUCUUGAUAAGCGAACGACCCUUGUUGAAGUAGGUCCUCGCGAAGAGGAAGAGGCCUCAAAUACCCCUGGAGCAAUUCCAGCAGAUCCGCGUACCAAGUCCUUCUCGGCCAGUCUGGAGCAAUGAGGAUCGCCUGAACUCUUGUUCUUUUUAUUAGUUUGAGAAUCAUUGGGAUGAGUGAAAGUGGAGAGAACACAUACACUGAGUGGGACACCCACGGAGUCACCAGUGCAUCCACCGCCAUUGCUUGUGGGUCUCUCAACCUGAAACAGUACCUCUGAAGCUUCUUUUUGAGGCGGGAGGCCAUCAUGUCUAUCUGAGGUACGUCCAUUAACUUGUUCCCUCUGUGAACACCUCCGGGUGGAGGCCCCAUUCUCCUGGAUGGAGAUCGUGUCUGCUGAGGAAUUUCGCUUCCCAGUUGUCCACUCCCGGAAUGAAGAUUGCUGACAGUGCCACCGCGUGCUUUUCUGCCCCGAGGAGGAUUCUUGUUACCUCUGACAUUGCCGCUCUGCUCUUCAUUCCGCCCUGUCGGUUUAUGUAGGACACCGCUGUUACAUUGUCCGACUGAACGUGAAUGGCCUGAUCUUGCAUAAGAUGUGCCGCUUGUAGAAGGCCGUUGUAGAAUGUUUAUUGGAAGGAUGGAUUCCAGACUUGACCACUUUCCUUGGAAGUUUUCCCCUUGGGUGAAUGCUCCCCCACCUCUGAGACUUGCAUCCGUGGAUCCUAUUCUGAAUCCCGAACCUGCGGCCCUCGAGAAGGUGAGAAGUUUACAGCCACCAGAGAGUGAAAUUCUGGCUGUCGGCGAGAGGUGUAUCCGCUGGUACAUGUGAAGAUGAUGAGAUCCUGACCAUUUGUCCAGGAGAUCCAGUUGAAAGGGUCUUGGAUGAAAUCUUCUGUACUGAAGAGCCUCGUAGGAGGCAACCAUCUUCCCCAGAAGGUGAAUGCACUGAUGAACCCGGGCAGGCUUCAUGACAUCCCGGACCAUUGAUUGGAUCACCAACGCUUUCUCCACCGGUAGAAACACCCUCUGCACAUCCGUGUCGAGAGUCAUUCCCAGGAAGGACAGUCUCCUUGUCAGUUCCAAAUGUGACUUUGGAAGGUUCAGGAUCCACCCAUGAUCCUGGAGUAGUCGAGUUGAGAGAGCAAUGCACUGCAACAGCUUCUCCCUGGAAGAUGCUUUUAUCAGCAGAUUGUCCAGAUAUGGAAUUAUGUUCACUCCCUGUUUGCGGAGGAGUGGCAUAAUGUCUGCCAUGACCUUGGUGAACACCCUCUGUGCUGUUGAGAGGCCAAAUGAUAGUGACAAUCCAGCAGCGCAAAUCUCAGAUAAGCCUGGUGAGGCGGCCAGAUCAGAACAUGAAGGUACGCAUCCUUGAUAUCCAGGGAUACCAGAAAUUCCCCCUCCUCCAGACCUGAGAUCACCGCUCUCAGAGACUCCAUCUUGAAUUUGAAUUCCCUCAAGUAGGGGUUCAAUGACUUUAGGUUUAAUAUCGGUCUUACCGAACCGUCAGGUUUCGGUACCACAAACAGGUUUGAGUAGUAACCCCUGUUUUUUAGGUGAGGUGGAACUGGAACAAUGACAUUUGUUUGAACCAAUUUUUUAAUGGCUUUCUGUAGGAUAGCACUUUCUAUCAGCAAAGCUGGUAAGCCUGAUUUGAAGAAUCUGUGAGGUGGGAGCACUUGAAACUCCAGUCUGUACCCAUGUUACAAUCCUGAGCACUCAUGUUUUGUUAGUUAUUGUUAUGAUUUACCUUUGCUUCAGUUUGUGGAACUACAGGUCACAGCUAGCUCCUGCAUAGUUGUCUCCCAGUGCCUCAGCUCCUGCACUCAGCAACUGACUUCACAGGUGUCUGGAUUCUGUAAUUACAGCUCGUUACCUGAAAACUACUAUUCAGCUUGUCAGCCUGCACUGCAGCUGCAUGUUAUAUCAAUUACUGGGGGCCUGUCUGGUGUUCACAGCUGAUUGGUCCAGCCUGUUCUUUUAAGCCUCUCAAUCCCAAGAGGCUUUGCCAGUUAUAGCUACUCCAUGCGAUGUUCUGCUCUCUGUUCAUAUGUCCAGUGGGUUUUGCCUUGUUCCUGCAUUGAAUUCCAGCUUCACCAUCUUGCCGACGACCUUAGUCUGCCGACUGUCUCCAAGUGUCUGCACCCCAGUCCGUCCGUGUGCCGCUACCUCCUGUGUCUCUCCUAGAAUUCCUGCUGCUUUUCCAUCUCCACGGCCCCAGUGUACCAUCUAGCCGUGUGCACCCUGCCACCUUUUCCAGUUCCUGUUUGUUCCUGCGUAUCCCUGUGGUUUGUCAUAUACAACACCUCUACCAUAACUCUAGUCCAGUUCAGGUAUCAAAUAACCCAAACAGGGGGCCGCGACCUGCAUGUCGGGAGCCGCGAAGCCCAUAUCCCCUUGCGAGGUUCCCUGGUGAAAACCUCCCGGCGUGUUAGACUCCGUGCCUCUGUUCUGGGUAACGUCAACCACUUGGUACCUGAUCCCAAAUUCCAGAUUCUGCACCAGUUCCUGACAACCCAUGGACAACAAUCUCGUUUACCCAGCGGUCUAGGUAUGAUGACUCCCAUAUAUGAAUGAAAUCCUUUAGUCUUGCCCCCACCUGUCCUACCUCCAGGCUGGGAGGUCCACCGUCAUGCUGAAGACUUAGAGGAAGCAGAACCUGGCUUCUGUUCCUGAGAACCUGUUGGUGCAGGUUUUCUGGAUUUACCCCGACCACCUCUAAAGAAAGUGGAAGGGGGUUUGGACUUUUGCGGUCCGAAAGGACUGCAUUGUAGACGUAGGAUAAGAUUUCCUAGCCGCUGGUGCUGCUGAGGGGGAAGAAAGGUUGACUUACCUGCAGUUGCCGUGGAGAUCCACGCAUCCAAUGCGUCCCCAAACAGAGCCUGACCUGCAAAGGGUAGGUUCUCCACACUUUUCUUGGAUUCUGCAUCCGCAGACCAUUUGCGUAGCCAGAGUCCUCUGCGUGCCGAGACUGACAUGGAAGUAGCCCUUGCAUUCAGCAUGCCAAGAUCUUUCAUGGCCUCUACCAUGAAACCUGCAGAAUCCUGUAUGUGACUCAAAAACAAUUCAAUGUCACUCCUAUCCAUAGUAUCUAAGUCCUCUAGCAACGUGCCUGACCAUUUUACUAUGGCCUUAGAAAUCCAUGCACAAGCAGUAUUGGGCCUUAAAGCUGUGCCUGUAGCUGUGUAUAGUGAUUUGAGCGUAGUCUCAAUCUUGCGGUCAGCCGUCUCUUUUAAAGCGGUUGAACCAGGGACAGGUAAAACCACCUUUAUUGACAACCUAGAUACAGAAGCGUCUACUAUAGGGGGGUUUUCCCACUUUUUUUCUGUCCUCUUCAGGAAAAGGGAAAGCAAUGAGAACCCUUUUUGGGAUCUGGAAUUUUUUCUUUGGGUUUUCCCAGGGUUUUUCAAACAAAGAGUUUAACUCCUUAGAAGCCGGGAAGGUAAGUGAGGAUUUCUUACUUUCUGUAAAAUAAGACUCCUCUACCUGCUCAGGUAUGUUCUCCGAAAUAUGUAAAAAAAUCCCUAAUGGCUUCAAUCAUUAGUUGCACCUCCUUAGCAAGUGAUGCAUCACCCCCCCACCCCGCAAAUCUCCAUCACCGGCCCCUGUAUCAGGGUCUGUAUCAGUGUCAACGUGCAUUAUCUGGGCAAGUGUACGUUUUUGUGGGUAUGUAGGGGGGUCUUAGAUGCAGCAGUGGGGGCUGAGUAUGUCAAACCCUCCACAGAUUUUGUCAAAAACUGCGUCUCUUUCUCAGUAUGCGACAUUCUUGUUGAGAUCUGGGAUAUCAUUCCCCUCAAAGACUCCACCCAUGGGGGUUCAGAUUCAGAGGGCAGGGAAAGCACAUUGCAGUCCUGAGUAUAUAGAAUAAACUCUUCCGGAGAAGAUACACACUCUGCAGCACAGGACACAGAGUUCUUAGACAUGGUAACGUGAGAUAUACACACACACACACACACACAGGAAAAUGUCAGACACUGUUUGCCCCAGAGUACCUUCAGAGUGUCACAGAGUAUAAGGAGCCAAUCACACAGCGCCCCAAUAGGCAGUUAUUAUGAUAAGAGCCUCAGCGCUGACUAACUAACCUUAAUAGGGUAGUUAGCACAGUUAUCACACUCUGGAGUUAUGUGGGGGGCAGCGCUCCCUGUCAGCGUCUCUUGCUUUGAACUGCAGGGAGAAAAUGGCGCUGGUGAGUGCUGGAAUUCGCUCUGAGAGGAAGCCCUGCCCCUUGCAAUGGCGUGCGGAUUCCCGCACUAAGUUGUUUAUACUGGCCUGAGGUGUUUGUUGCUAACAGCAGGGAUUAGCCCCUGUUAGCGAAGUGACCAGUUUAGGGUGAAUUGCGCUGGCCCAGGACGCCCCUCAAGCGCUUACACAGUGUGUCUGCUGAGCCUGCCGGAGCGCAGCCUAUCAGAGCUGCGCUCCCACCCUUGUGCCGCCAUUCCCGCUGGUGACCCGCUGUACUCACCACUCUUCUUUCUUCUGGCUCUGUUAGGGGGUAGCGGCCGUGCUGUGGGAGUGAGCGGUCGCCUCGUGGGCUUGCGAUCAGCACCCUCAGGAGCUCAGUGUCCUGUCAGCGGAGAUAGAGAACCAUUAACUUCUAGAGUUGGUUCCUUCUCCCCCCCCUAAGUCCCACGAAACAGGGAGGCUGUUGCCAGCAGCCUGCCUGUACCUAACAUAACUCAGAAAAUAAUAAAUACAGAAAAAAGAAGGACCUGUGGCGGUACUUGAUAUCUAGGAGGGAUUGGAGGGAGCGCAGACCACACCCCCAUCUCAGAAAAUAAUAAAACUAGAAAAACUCCCAAGAGCUCCCCUAGCUGUGACCAGCUCCUCCGGGCACAUUUUCUAAACUGAGUCUAGUAGGAGGGGGCAUAGAGGGAGGAGCCAGCCCACACUAUUAAACUCUUAAAGUGCCCAUGGCUCCCAAAGGACUCAUCUAUACCCCAUGGUACUAAAAUGGACCCCAGCAUCCUCUUAGACGUAAGAGAAAUAUAUAAAAGAUGAGAUGAAUUCAAUACACUCCCUUAGGUGACGUCUGUACCCCGCACCCACAUUACUGCCAUAAAACGGAAUACUACUCUGUAAGGUUCAAUUUACCCUGUAAAUCUCAAUGCCCGACUGAACCUAAGAAUCCCAUCUCUGUUCCACAGUUCACAGGGUCAUAGAGGCAGCCCGGGGAAAUUGUGGGUUCUACAUAAAAAAAAACAUUAUUUUGUAAACCUGUUUUAACAACCCAACAUGGGCGUCAUAGCAGGGGAAAGUCAGGGAGCUAUCGGAAUGGCGACCGAGGCCCAGUCUAUAGUGGAGCUUUGUAUCAGCUCAGCUGGGCAAGACCAAGUCAGAAUUCUGUGUCUUGUGAGGUGAUUAUUUUUCUGUUUUUUUAUUUUAUUUUACAUAUAUAUUUUGGGAAGUUGGUUAUAUGCAUGUACUGUACAUUUAUAUAUAUUGGAACCGUUUUUAUUCUCGCUGUAUGUGAAGUCUUUGCUCAUUGUAGUAAAAGUAAAGCCGUACGAGGCCUAACACCCUGCAGAGCCUACACUGAGAUGUGACUAACGCUAUAUGUGAGGUAAAUCAUGAGGGGCCUGAGCAUGGGGUAAUUAUCAGACAUAGGAAUCUCCUGAGUGACAGCUGUAUGGGGGAUGAGGAACGUUGCCAGAAAUAGAUGCCAAACGGGUGAAGCAUUAUGGGAUAUCGGGAUAUGAAGUGAUUGGCUAAACAUGGUGACAUCACUGCGGGUAUAACAUGUAAAUGAGAGAGUGACAUCACUGUGGGUAUAACAUGUAAAUGAGAGAGUGACAUCACUGCGGGUAUAACAUGGAAAUGAGAGAGUGACAUCACUGCGGGUAUAACAUGUAAAUGAGAGAGUGACAUCACUGCUAUAACAUGUAAAUGAGAGAGUGACAUCACUGUGGGUAUAACAUGUAAAUGAGAGAGUGACAUCACUGCGGGUAUAACAUGUAAAUGAGAGAGUGACAUCACUGCGGGUAUAACAUGUAAAUGAGAGAGUGACAUCACUGCGGGUAUAACAUGUAAAUGAGAGAGUGACAUCACUGCGGGGCAUAACAUGUAAAUGAGAGUGUGACAUCACUGUGGGUAUAACAUGUAAAUGAGAGAGUGACAUCACUGCGGGUGUAACAUGUAAAUGAGAGAGUGACAUCACUGCAGGUGUAACAUGUAAAUGAGAGAGUGACAUCACUGUGGGUAUAACAUGUAAAUGAGAGAGUGACAUCACUGUGGGUAUACCAUGUAAAUGAGAGAGUGACAUCACCGUGGGUAUAACAUGUAAAUGAGAGAGUGACAUCACCGUGGGUAUAACAUGUAAAUGAGAGAGUGACAUCACUGCGGGUAUAACAUGUAAAUGAGAGAGUGACAUCACUGCGGGUAUAACAUGUAAAUGAGAGAGUGACAUCACUGCAGGUGUAACAUGUAAAUGAGAGAGUGACAUCAUUGUGGUUAUAAUAUCUAAAUGAGAGAGUGACAUCACUGUGGGUAUAACAUGUAAAUGAGAGAGUGACAUCACUGCAGGUAUAACAUGUAAAUGAGAGUGACAUCACUGUGGGUAUAACAUGUAAAUGAGAGAGUGACAUCACUGUGGGUAUACCAUGUAAAUGAGAGAGUGACAUCACCGCAGGUAUAACAUGUAAAUGAGAGAGUGACAUCACUGUGGGUAUAACAUGUAAAUGAGAGAGUGACAUCACUGCAGGUAUAACAUGUAAAUGAGAGAGUGACAUCACUGCAGGUAUAACAUGUAAAUGAGAGAGUGACAUCACUGCAGGUAUAACAUGUAAAUGAGAGAGUGACAUCACUGUGGGUAUAACAUGUAAAUGAGAGAGUGACAUCACUGCAGGUAUAACAUGUAAAUGAGAGAGUGACAUCACUGUGGGUAUAACAUGUAAAUGAGACAGUGACAUCACUGUGGGUAUAACAUGGAAAUGAGAGAGUGACAUCACCGUGGGUAUAACAUGUAAAUGAGAGAGUGACAUCACCGUGGGUAUAACAUGUAAAUGAGAGAGUGACAUCACUGCGGGUAUAACAUGUAAAUGAGAGAGUGACAUCACUGCGGGUAUAACAUGUAAAUGAGAGAGUGACAUCACUGCAGGUGUAACAUGUAAAUGAGAGAGUGACAUCACUGUGGGUAUAACAUGUAAAUGAGGGAGUGACAUCACUGCAGGUAUAACAUGUAAUUGAGAGAGUGACAUCACUGCGGGUAUAACAUGUAAAUGAGAGAGUGACAUCACUGCGGAUAUAACACUUCAUUAGCUGUAGAGUGUAUGGAGUCAUGCAGCCUGGAAAUUCCUUUGCUGUAAACUCUACCUGGAGGCCACUUGACUUACAUCACUGACAUAUUACUUAUGCAAUGAUACUCAGUCCAGUCAUAGCCUAUGGACAGCUUUGUUAUUGGAUAAGGAACCAAGGCCACAGAAAGAUGGCGCCAUAGACUAGCACUGAUAGAGGAAUAUUUUCUCUCUCCUACCCAGGGACUGAACUUAUAGGCAGAGACUUUACCACAUGUAGGGUAACCCGGGAUCUAGGUGAUAGACCAUCCACGGGUGCAGGAGAGAUAGAAGCAAAGGGACAAUUGCUUGUAUACUAACGCUAUGUAAUGUGACACUAGUGUUGAGUUAAACAAGCCGAUAGGCGCAUAGGAUAGAGGGCGUCAAGGCAAACAGUUUCAAUUGCUGGACACCUGAGGGAAUACAAAUGACUGUGUAUUACCAAG